AUGGAACCGCUCUAUCAGGCUGGGUCUGUUCUCAUGAAGGUGAACACCUUGCAAGGGAAGAAGAUGGUGGAGAGCGGCCUCCAGUCGGGAGACUUUUCCCUCCCCGCGUCGUGGCCCUCCUACCCGCUGCUGCCCGCUGACUUGGAGAUCCUGCAGCAGAAGGUGGCCGCGGUGCAGCGGGAGCUGGAGGACUUUAAGAAGGAGGCCUUGAAGGCCAUCCAUUACCUGAAAGACGCCUUCUGCGAGAUGAAUGGGGCCUUGGCACAGCAGGAGGAGCAGGCAGCUCGCGUGAAGCAGCGGCUGAGGGAGGAGGAGGACCGGGGCAUCGUGCGAAACAAGGUGCUCACCUUCCUGCUGCCCCGUGAGAAGCAGCUCCGGGAGCACUGCAAGCGGCUGGAGUGCCUGCUGCUGGGCCGGAGCCAUGCGGCCCUGGGCCUCCCCAGGAAGAUCCAGGCAAAGUGA